AUGUCAUUUGCAACUAAAAUUCAUUCAAGAUACGUUUAUGAUUCAAGAGGUAAUCCAACUGUUGAAGUUGAUUUAACUACCAAUAAUGGUACUUUUAGAGCAAUUGUUCCAUCUGGUGCUUCAACUGGUGUUCAUGAAGCUUUAGAAUUAAGAGAUGGUGAUAAAUCAAAAUGGCUAGGUAAAGGUGUAACCAAAGCUGUUUCAAAUGUUAAUGAUAUUAUCGCCCCAGCUUUAAUAAAAGAAAAAAUUUCUGUUGUUGAUCAAGGAAAAAUUGAUGAAUUUUUAUUAAAGUUAGACGGUACUCCAAAUAAAUCAAAAUUAGGUGCUAAUGCUAUUUUAGGUGUUUCAUUAGCUGCUGCAAAAGCUGGUGCAGCAGAAAAAAAUGUUCCAUUAUAUAAACAUAUUUCAGAUAUUGCACAAGCUAAAGGAGGUAAAUUUGUUUUACCAGUUCCUUUUCAAAAUGUCUUAAAUGGUGGUUCUCAUGCUGGUGGUGAUUUAGCUUUUCAAGAAUUUAUGAUUGUUCCAUCUGGUGCUAAAUCAUUUUCAGAAGGUUUAAGAAUUGGUUCUGAAGUUUAUCAUCAUUUAAAAACUUUAACUAAACAAAAAUAUGGUCAAUCUGCUGGUAAUGUUGGUGAUGAAGGUGGUGUUGCUCCUGAUAUUAAAACUGCUGAAGAAGCUUUAGAUUUAAUUAUGUCUGCAAUUGAAAAAGCUGGUUAUAAAGAUCAAGUUAAAAUUGCAAUGGAUGUUGCUUCAUCAGAAUUUUAUAAAGAUGGUAAAUAUGAUUUAGAUUUUAAAAAUCAAAAUUCUGAUAAAUCAAAAUGGUUAUCAGGUCAACAAUUGGCUGAUUUAUAUCAUCGUUUAUUACAAGAAUAUCCAAUUGUUUCAAUUGAAGAUCCAUUUGCUGAAGAUGAUUGGGAAGCUUGGACUCAUUUUUUUAAUAAAGUUGAAGGUACAACUCAAAUUGUUGGUGAUGAUUUAACUGUUACUAAUCCAAUUAGAAUUAAAAAAGCUAUUGAACAAAAAUGUGCUGAUGCUUUAUUAUUAAAAGUUAAUCAAAUUGGUACUUUAACCGAAUCAAUUCAAGCUGCUAAUGAUUCAUAUGCUGCUGGUUGGGGUGUUAUGGUUUCUCAUAGAUCAGGUGAAACUGAAGAUACUUUUAUUGCUGAUUUAUCAGUUGGUUUAAGAUCAGGUCAAAUUAAAACUGGUGCUCCAGCAAGAUCUGAAAGAUUAGCUAAAUUAAAUCAAAUUUUAAGAAUUGAAGAAGAAUUGGGUGAUAAAGCAAUUUAUGCUGGUAAUGAUUUCCAUUCUGCUCAUUUAUUAUAA